AUGGACCUCGACGGCCCCGAGUCCUCACCGGCAAACAAUACCCCAACUCUUAACAUCACUCGUACCUUAGGUACCAAUAUCAACAGCACAGGUCUAGUGAGCGAUGUGAUCGCGAACUUCAGACCGACAAAGCACUUCAGGCGAGACGAUGUCAAGGAAGGCCGCCCCCAGCCUCACAUCCUGUCUCUGGAUUUCGACGACCCUGGCGAGCUAUGCAUGACUUCAGAGAGUGACGAAACGAUUCAGAUCUACAAUGUCAGGGAAGGUCGGCACGACAAGACCCUGCUAAGCAAGAAGUACGGCGUGAAAUUGGCCAAGUUCACUCACACAAGCUCGAGCAUCGUGUAUGCGAGUACAAAAGCGAAUGAUUCGAUCAGAUACCUGGCAACUCAUGACAACUCCUUUAUCCGGUACUUCGAGGGACACGAAGGCACUGUUACAUGCCUAGCAAUACACCCAGGCGCCGACAACUUCAUUUCUUGCAGCCGAGACGACACAGUCCGACUAUGGGACAUCGGUACGAAGCAAUGGACUGGAAAAUUGUUCCUGAAAACACCAUAUCUCACGGCAUGGGACCCUUCUGGCAAGGUAUUCGCGGUUGCUUCAUCAAGCGGUGGAAGCAUCUUACUCUAUGAGCACCGGAAUUUCGACAAGGCACCGUUCUCUACAUUCGAUGUAGUGGCAGCUGGCGCCUCAGUCGACCAACACUAUACGAUGCAGGGAUGGACAAAAUUGGAAUUCUCCAACGACGGAAAAUGCGUCCUGCUAGGCACUCGCGGCAAUGGUCACUUUGUCCUGGAUGCCUUUGACGGCAGCCUGCGAGCCUACUUGCGCAAGCCCGAAGGCGGAACACGAAGGGCAGCUGCAGGAGAGAGCAGCGCCGGCAAUGGCGCCUCUUCAGAAAACCCGGCGAGUCUGGAGAGCAGUGGGGACUGCUGUUUCUCACCAGACGGCCGAUAUGUCUUGAGCGGAUCGAAGAAGGAUGUUCUGGUGUGGGAUCUGCUUAAGGUCUCGCCCGAGAAGAAGACUUUAGAUCCGACCUAUGUUCUGGAGGACAAGCGAGAAGCGGCUGUUCUGGCAUACAAUCCUCGUUUCAAUCACCUGGCGACAGCCGACCAAGAUCUGAUGUUCUGGUUACCGGAUCCUCACGUAUAG